CUGGCCAUGAGCUUACAUAUCCUGUCAAAUCAGGGCGACCGGAGAAAAGUCAAAAAGAAAAAGGUUGAGUACAGUGGAUCUGUGCUAUGAACUUCGACGGUGUGUACGAGCUGGAUUCUGGAAAAAACAGAAUGUCGAUGUCGUCCAGUAAACAGCUUGUGAUUCUCUCCAUCGUCAUGUUCCUCUGUGGGGUCGUCGUACUCAUCGUCGGCAUCGUCCUCGGUGUCAGGGCAACACAGACCGCCAACAACGUCCCCUGCGUGCAGCCCGACAAGGGGGUGGCCCCCACCACGCCUUCAGUCCCUACAACUCAAGUCCCUGAACCAACACCUUCCCCGUCCAUUGAGGGGCACUAUAGAUUCGCAGGUGUUGCUACGGACACAGAGAUCUGCUCAAAAGUUGGAACAUUGUUUGAUAUAGACUAUAGACUGAAUGGAACUGAAAUGUAUUGUACGUUUAAAACAUAUAGCACAAUUAAAUGUGAUCUGUGGCCAUAUGGCAAUACAUACGAGAUUACGGUACUGAAGAUAUUUCUUACAGGUUACAAUUUCACCCCGUAUGACCUGAUGACGCCAGAGAAGACUAUUUUGGCGUACCACAGAAUUGUGGAGGCUUUCAAGUUCGACUUUGUUGAACGGUCAGCCAUGGGCGACGCCGAUGUGGAGAAUCAGGAGUUCAAGGACAAAAUUGAAAAUCUGGUGAAAAAUCUAACGUCACAGGACUACGGAAAUGACGUCAGAUCGCGACUGAACGACGACACAACCCAGAAAGCGUCGAACUACGGUCCGGCAUUCAGCGUCCUAGAGGAUGGCGGGACGGGUCACAUGUCACUGCUGGCCACAAACGGAGAUGCGGUGGCCACCACAAGCACGGUCAACCUUUAUUUCGGUUCUAAAGUUGUCGGCUCUGAGACCGGCAUUGUGUACAAUGACGAGAUGGACGAUUUCUCAACGCCAAACACAACCAACUUCUGGGAUGUUCCAGCGUCCAAGUUCAAUUUCAUUAAGCCCGGGAAGCGCCCCCUGUCGUCAAUGGCGCCGGCGAUAAUCGUCGAAGAUGACGGCGACGUGUCGUUGGUUGUCGGAGCAUCCGGAGGAACACAUAUUAUCACCUCAUCAGCACUUACCAUUAUAGACACAUUGUGGUUCGGUAAGGGGAUCAAGGCGUCCGUUGAUUAUCCCAGAAUCCACCACCAGCUUUUCCCGAAAUUCAUCAGCGUCCAGAAUGGAUUCCCGCAGUAUAUAAUCGACGGACUGAAGGCCAAAGGCCGUGACGUCACCAUGUAUGAAAACGCAGGCAGUACUGUUCAAGGCAUUCUACAGAAGGCGACCAAUCAAAUCACAGCUAGCAGCGACUAUAGGAAAUAUGGAAUACCAGAUGGCUAUUAAUUAUUUAAAGCUGGAAUGAAACGAAGAAACAAAAAAAAAGGAAGAAACAAAGAAAGACGAAAAAAACCAAAUUGAAAGAAAAAAAAAGAGAAAAAAAAAGCAAACAAAUAACAACCCUGUUUGUAUACAUUCGAAGUUUUCAUUUAUACUGUUAUUUAUAACCAACGCAUCCUAAUCAGACUAUAUAUACAUAUAUAAAUAUAAUCAGACUAUAUAUAUGUGUAAUUUACUGAUUUAACCAGAAUAUUUUUGUACAUGCA